GGACAUAAAGUGAGAAUAUCAAUGACACAUUACAUAAAAAUAAAUAAAACAACACAAAUCAAAUCAAAUUCAGUAAGAGGGGAAAAAAGCUUAACGGAAGAAACGUCAGACGCAAACGGAAGUGUAUAGCGUAGCCGUCCUUGUGUCGAGGUGGGCUGUGAGCUGUUAUCUUUAUUGCAAAAAUGCCGGAGUUAGCGGUGGAAAAUGUGGUCGUUCACCCACUGGUGUUGCUCAGCGUGGUUGAUCAUUUUAACAGGAUAGGAAAAGUUGGCAAUCAGAAACGAGUGGUUGGUGUCCUUCUGGGAUCAUGGCAUAAAAAAGUUCUUGACGUCUCAAAUAGUUUUGCAGUGCCAUUUGACGAGGAUGACAGGGAUGACUCAGUGUGGUUCCUGGAUCAUGACUACUUGGAGAACAUGUAUGGCAUGUUCAAGAAAGUAAAUGCCAGAGAAAGAAUAGUUGGAUGGUACCACACAGGACCCAAGUUGCAUAAGAAUGACAUUGCCAUCAAUGAGCUCAUCAAGCAGUACUGUACCAACUCGGUGUUAGUCAUUAUAGAUGUGAAGCCCAAAGAUCUUGGUCUACCCACAGAAGCAUACAUCUCCGUGGAGGAAAUACAUGAUGACGGUACUCCAACAUCCAAGACAUUUGAACACGUCACCAGUGAGAUUGGAGCUGAGGAAGCUGAGGAAGUGGGUGUGGAGCACCUGCUCAGAGAUAUCAAGGAUACCACAGUGGGCACCCUGUCGCAACGGAUCACAAAUCAAGUUCACGGCCUGAAGGGGCUCAACUCGAAGCUGUUGGACAUCCGCUCUUACCUGGAGAGAGUGACGGCAGGAAAACUUCCCAUCAACCACCAGAUCAUCUACCAGCUGCAGGAUGUCUUCAACUUGCUGCCAGACGUAAAUCUACUGGAGUUCACAAAAGCCUUCUACCUUAAGACCAACGACCAGAUGCUGGUGGUCUACCUGGCCUCGCUCAUACGCUCUGUGGUGGCUCUUCACAACCUGAUCAACAACAAGAUUUCCAACCGAGACGCAGAAAAGAAGGAAGGACAGGAGAAGGAGGAAGGCAAGAAAGAGAAGAAAGACGACAAAGAGAAAAAAGAUGAUAAGGACAAAGACAAGGAGAAGGAAAAAGCCGAUGGUGCCAAGAAAGAUGAGAAGAAGAAAAAAUGAGUGUUCUCCCUUUUAAGGUCUUCUCUCAAAUCAUGUCAUCUCAUCUGGAUGGUGCUCUACUUUCUGCCCACAGUCACAGUUCUGUAUGUGGGUCUCAGGCUAAAAGUAGGACUCUAUAAGGGGAAUGGUGUCAUUUGAGAUCUGGCCUCACGGUCACAAGUGGCACUCAUAAAGACUGUUAUCAUACAAAGAUGAUGAUGUUUGCGUCUUUGGUGUUUUGAACUAUGAGAACAUGUUUAUUCUGUUGUCAUAGUUCCUGUGCUCCUGCUGUUGUACAACACCUGGGGUUGCUUUUUUUUGUAAGAUUGAAAAAGUUAUGUUUCCUGUAUCACUCAUUAAAUUGGGAUCAU